CUUUGAAACCUUGACAUCACAAAACAAUCUGGCCCUCUGUCUACAAGUCUCAACGGCUGUCUCCAAACAAUUGCUUGCGUCAUAAAGUGCAGCACGGCCGCUUUGUAUCCACGUCCCCAAACCAGGCUUUACUGAGACUAUCGAGACUAUCGGGACUAUCGAGACUAUCGGGACUAUCGAGACUAUCGGGACUAUCGAGACUAUUGAGACUAUCGAGACUAUAGUGUGUAUCAAUGAUCAUCACCACGCCCCACAUAACCAAGCUCAACUCUGUUGCUGAGGAGCUUUUCCUUUAUCACAUAUUACUUCUGUUGGCCGGCAUUUACAUCGGAGCCCUCCUAAUCGUCAAUCUCAUACCACGUCUCCGUGUCCGGUCGAUCGGCUGGCUAUCGCUCUGUGGUGUGACCGUGGCAUUUCCCGAGGUUACCAUCACUGUCAAAAAAAUCUACUUGAAACUCAAUCUCUCCUGGAAAUCCCUAAGGGCAUUCCGCUUGGCCACUUUGCAAUUCAGUGGAGUUGUAAUAGUGAAAAACAAUCAUCCGCGAAAAGCCGAACACAACACCAAGAGCGACGUGCUAGACCUGUCAAUUGAGGAAAUAUCUUUCACGGUACCUAAGCUCGUGCAUGACGUUGUUUUCAAAAAGAGCUGGCUAAACGAGAUAUCGCUCCAAUUCUACCACGUGUCUUUGUACCACCACGCAGUUAACGAGGACGUAUCUUUGCACUUGGACUAUGUCAAGAUCGAAAGCGCAACAAACUUCCGAAAUGCCACUGGAAAGAUUGCUAUUUCGAUUCUUGACGGCCGCGUCAACAAUACAGCUAAGGGCGGCGAAGCGGCUGGACUCCACCUUUUUCAUAAUCUUGAAAUCUCCACCAAGUGUGACCUAGUAUUUUCUUGUUCUACUACGAAUUCAAAACGGCUCAAAGUCAGCCUUUUGAAUUUCGACGUUUUGCUCAUUCUAGGGCACUUGCGCAUUCGCCGGCUUUCUCAGCUUUUGGAGAGGAAGAAAGACAUACAAAGAGGCCCGAAAAAGAAUCCCCUGGUUCCUUCCUUGAAAUCCAUCUUGAGCAAGCUUUGCAUGAUAAGCUCUCUUCAAGUCAAACUAGAGCAAAGUGAGGUGCAAUUUGAAGAAGUGAAACUUACCUCCUCCAGUUAUUCGUUGACCUAUUCGCGAGACAUGUCUUACAAGAAGCAAACAAUGGCUAAAUUUUCAUUGAAUGUGACUGCGGCUCGCCUUUUUCAUUUGGACCUGAAAUGUGUGGACGUUCCCUCCAUAACAUAUAUUCUUGACAUUGAUCUUACCGACCUAUUUCGAGCCAGCAAAACCGAGAAAAAAGAAGACUUCACAAUCGACUUAUUCACUACCCUCAGUAUGACAAAUCCAUCCUUCUUUGUUUACUUCGACCAAUUAGCGUACUUGCUCGAUCUAUUUUCCCCAGGAAGCAAUGCGAAAUCCAAAAAGAUUUCCGUAUCAAAGGCUACACUUCUAUCAUAUCUCGCGUUCAUCAAGAAGAGCUCAGUGAAAUUCGUGAUAGUUGACUUGAAAGCCCAACUUCAUUUGCCCAAGGAGGAACAACAAGACUUUCUGAGACAAUCUCUCGAGAAUGUUGUAAGCGAUGCGGGUGCACAAGUGCUUGCUUUCAAAUUUUCUAGCAAGAAUUUGGGAAAUCUCAUUUCAAAAAAAUGUCUGUCUUCGAAUCCAGCUGCACUCAAAAGUUUCAUAAAAUUGAGGAAAGUUUACGUGGAGGUUGAGAACAACAAGAUCUUAUUAUCGGCUCUCAGCGUACUUGUCGGUUAUUGCUUGGAAACCCACAAGAUUGCUCUUCGAAUCUCAACCAAGAGAAUGCAGCUCAAGUCUGUUAACUCUAUGAUAUUUCAUGUGAUUCGGAGAGUACGAGAAGCUAGAAUAAUGAGCGACAUACGGGCCUGUGCAAAAAUGAAAGAGACAACCGAAGCAGGGAACUCUGAGCCUGUGUGUAUCAAUGAUGAUUCAAAAAAAGAAGUGCUCGAUCUUUUUGAAGUUUUACCACCGAUUAUACACCUGAUCAAGUUUAGAUCUACAGUGUUGCUGUCAUACAUCAUAUGUAAUGAUUGGCUACCCCUGCAUGUCAUACAUGACGAAGGUCUAGGGGAGGAUGUUGAUUUAGCAGAUUUCAAGAGAGGAAUCUCAUUCGGGAUCAGUGGGUUGGAAUUUGAUUACGUAAGACUGGAAGCAGAAUUUGAAACCCGUUUAAAACAAAUCCAAGCCAACACUAUAAGUGACUACAGCAGCGAGUAUGUGGAAGACUUUGACAAGCGGAACUCUGACCCACUUGGAGAAGUUGAAAUGUCAGAUGCUUCUAGUUUGGAGUCUGGUUUCAGUGGGUUUUCACUGUUCGAAGCAAGGGAAAACGCACAGACAGUAAAAAAGGUCUUGAACAUUGAAGGUAUAACCCUUCGUAAUCCACCGGGUAAUCGAAAUAAAUUACUCCUUUCGAUUCCUGAAGUGGAAGGAAGAGCUGACAUAUACUUAGUAUGGUGCGUGUUAUAUGCGCAUACAUUGGUGGAGAUGAUAGAGCCAAACGUUGAGAACACAUACACGAAAGAGGAAGUAAGAAAAGUUCGUGGGGUUUCGAAAAGGUUUGAGCUUGAUGUCGAAAUUGCUUCCUUAAGUGUUGUCGUAAGAUUACCACACGAUGUGGAUAUUCUUUUUGAGAUCGACAACCUCAAUCUACGAAAUUCCAUUACAUCACCUCAUUGCCAAAUAUGCUACUUAAGGCUCUACGUGGUUCACCCAACGACUAAGCUUUGGUCUCGUUUAGUCUCAGUCACAGAUGUCGACAUAAAUUUGGACCUGGUAACUCGAAGCUCGAUACUUCUCCAAUCACGGGCGCUAAGAUUUAACAUACCAUUCCAGUUUCUUGUGUACACUGUCAUUGACAAUGUGAUUACAUUCUUUAAAGCAGCCAGGCAGAUCUGGAUUAACUUCAAACACUUAUCAAAAGAUAUCAGUGAAUUUUCCAGAAUAGAGCCGGAAGCUAAAGAAGCGAUCAGAAUACCUCGCAUACAACUAAAGUCUAAAGUCAUGGGAAUAACUUUGGAAAGUGAUGAGUUUGAAACUCAGCUUUCACUCAUUCAACAGUUUGGCGCUGUAGAGAAUGUGGAGAGAAGAAGAAAAUUGGCAACAUUCGAGAAAAAAGCAAAGGCCCUUCGUUCCCGCCUCAAUUUAUCUCUUUCCAAUUCUCCUGUCGAGGACAAAAGAUUUGUGAAUAAAAAGGGCCAUAGACGGAAGCCAAAUGUUUUAGCUAAGGCACUUUUCAACACCACAAACGAAAGUGAACGGAAUAAAUCUACCAAAAAGACGUCAAAGUCAAGCGCACGAGAGGAGGUUUCUGGUAAUGAACCUGAAAACGAGGAUGACAAGUCAUCCAAAUCGCCAAGAGUAUCUAUUCUAAAGGAAGUCUUCAGUGGGUGUGAUCACAAGGCUUCUCACGCAAACAGUGCCGAAAGCUUAAGUAAAGCUGACUCAAGUGAUCCAGAAGUGCCUGCUCAUCACUCUUUGACGGAGCCUGAGGUGGAAUCAUUGAUUGCUGAUGCCUAUGAAAAAUUACUUCAAGACUUUUCGAGCUCGUGGGUGAACAAAUUCGAAAGAUUCAAAAGAUCAUAUGAUGAGUCUUGGAGGAGACGCUUGGAAGGUAUUUGGGGGUCAGACUGUGUCAACAAGCUUAUGAAGUGCAAAUUUGAUAUUCAAGAGUACUCACGUGGGCCCCCUCAAUUUCAAGGCAUUUUCAAAGAUCUCAACUUAAUUGUUGAUGAUCCACACUUGAACGAUGUUCAUGAGUUUUUGAGAACAUACGGCAAGAAUCAACCUCAUACUCAAUACUCUAUUUUGGUACCUGCCAGUAUUCAUUGGAGAAGUUCUUCAGUUUACUUGAGUUUGAGAGAUUAUGCGCUACCAUUUCUUUCUUUUCCAAGCAGCAGUGACCCGGAGUCUCAGGUCAUGGAUCUCAAGGGAACCUUGGUCAUCAAUGAAAAGUUGGUUCAAAUACCCGAAGAGCUCCGUCAUAUCUUUGUACCAUUUUCCCCAGCGACGAGAUCACAACGCGUCGCGGACAAUUUUUACUCUGUUAACGUCAUUAGAACACUUACUCCUGUGAAAGUGAUGUUUAAUUUAGAGUCGAACUUGACUACAGACAGAGCAUGUGUUGUCAGUUGGUGUAAGGCAUACCAGCCUGCUCUUCUGAGCGCUAUGAUGGCAUUUGAAAAUUUCACGAAACCUGAAAUCGAUGACAGUCCUUUGGGAUGGUGGGACAAAUUGGCAUUAAUAGCUCACGGAAAGAUCAAGUUCAACAUCAAGCAUGAGCUUUGUUUACACAUGAAGAGUUCUAUUUCACCCUACUCGCUUAUUGGAAGCAGCUCUGGGCUUGUGUUUUGCUGGAAAGACAAUGUGCUGUUACGGAUCAACGAGACAGGUAAGCAUUCCGAGCUUGUAUUACUUGAGAGUGAUGAUUUCAUAUUGGGAAUUCCUAAUUAUUCUGCGACUGAAGGACAAGCUUGGAGUCUCUUGAAUGCGAAUGCAGAUGAUACUAAGACUGAUGGUGACUCUGAAACAGGAAAAUUUCAGAAGCGUAUUAUGAAACUCACAUCAGAUGAAAAAGUCAAAUGGUCAGCUGGAUUCUUAUUCGAACGAAAUAAAAAGAAAGAUGCAAAAGAACUUGGGGCUGAUAUGGAGCGCACAAAUAUUUUCAAGCCACAUUAUGACGUCACGGUAACCGGACCUCAAUAUGAAUUCCACCCGGACUCUUACGAAGAAUUCAGGUCUGAUUACACUCACCUAUCCAUCAAUGUCAACUCAUCCUCCAAAAAAGGAAAUUCUCACAAUUUUGCGUACUUCACCCCUUUGACGCUAGAAUACAUUAAAAUAUGGUGGAAGACUUUGAAUGACAACGUUUCACUUCCCAUACGUGAAGGCAAGCUCUUUGCAAAACUGGCUUUCAAAGAAUCAUCCGUUAAGUUUGGCCCUCACCUAUUCACUCUCAAAUAUCAAAUCGUGCUUGAGCCCUUGACAAUCUCUCACAUCUAUCUUUCGAGUGGGGGCAAGGAAACAAAUCACAAUGUUGUCGCUUAUGGUGUAAAGGGAAAAGCAUCGAAAUGCACUAUUGAUCUUCACCAACGCCGUGAGAUUGCGAGAUAUGUAAAUGAGAAAUUGGGGAUUGACAAAAAAAUUAGAAAGUUGAAAAUGAACUUGGGGGAAGUUGAAGUUCGGGAAGCUGAUUUGAGGUUGAUCUUUGCCCAAUUUAAUGACAUAUCGAUGGCGGGUAAACUUUUGUCUUUCUAUUCCGGAGAGACGAGUCAUGCGGUUGACCUUGACACAUAUGAGAGCGAGGUCAAAGAGCAUAACGCAAAAAAUAAGCAUUUUCGAUAUGGUAUGGCCGGAAAGGAAGAGAACUCGUGGAUCGACUACGACGAUUUCAUUGAAAUGGAAGAGCACGAGAUUCUCUCGCCAGAUACUGAUGUCAAAAUCAUUCCGUUUUUCAGCACGCCCAGAUUCACGUACUUUAGAGAGUUCACACUUGAGCAUCCAGAAGGUCUCCAUCCGUUUGGUCACGAGCCUUCUCACAAAUGUUUAAUAGGCAUCAAUUCACCCAACGAAGUUCAAGCCCAGCUUGUUGAAUUGAGGUCGACAGAGGUGAAUUUCAAACUAAACGAGUACAUCAAGAAGGCAAAAGAGCUUGCACAUAGCCAUGAUCCCGCUGAUGAGAAAGAAAGACAAAGACUUGAACGUGAAAUCGCUUACUGGAAAAACAAAGUUCACAACUUGCAUAAUCUCCGUGACAAGUUUGUUCACGACUCCGAAGAACCAAGCGGCUUUGAUAUUACAAAACUAAAUUCGAGAAUGACAUCUGGAAGUGGUAGUGUGAACGAGUUAAGGCCGCAGAUUUCACAGGCUCUUCUGAUGUACUCGACUAUUAGCUCACUAGAACAAGCUCGAGAAGUUAUCAACGCCAACUCCCUCCUCAGUGAUUACCACAACCGUUUUCUCAUUCAUAACUUGAAACUUAUCUGGAAUAAUCAAGUGAGAGAUAUCUUCACAUCGUUUCUUUAUGUUGUUAGCCACCGAGAAACGGAAGCAUUGGCAAUGUCACGGAAGGCUUUAGAUUUAAUGGACAGGCUUUUGAAGAGCUCUGAGCCGAACAAGAGAGAGCAAGUGAGUGAGCCGUCUUUUGUCUCACAGAAUGAAUUUACAUGCGGAAAUGACGUCAUUGAGGCUUUUGAAGAAUACAUGACUAGCUUGGAGUGUGAUACUGAAGAGAUCGAAUCCAAGUACCUUGUUAAGUUUAUCAAGCCACAAAUUCAUCUAAGAAGUGACUCCAAUCCAAAAGCAAAUGUUCUUAUGGCAUCUAAAGACAUCGAGCUUCGUGUUUUUUGUGUUAAUCAUGAAGGAACCGACGACAUCAUCACUGAUUCCGAAGAAAACAUAUCCCUUUUGGAAACCAGAUAUGGAGUCCUCUGCAGAGAUUCUGUUGUUUUGUCAUUCCAAGAAGAAGACUUUCCUUUUAAGACAAAAGACCCAUAUGGGUCUGGCAAUAAAAGGCAUGUCUGGCCGUUUUGGCUAAAUCUUGAAGACAACGGUGAUCUUGAGCAAUAUAAGAAAAAUCUCGUGAUUGAGAAAACGACCAUAGCGUUUUCGUUGAAGAAGCCCAACAUGCUUGCAAUGGUGCCCUGUAAAGGUCAUUCUCGAAAAGGUGAAGUCGUUGUUCACAUGGCCAAACUAGUUUUGAACGCCACAUCAAAGCAGUAUUGCGCAUUCUACUUCAUCUUGACUGACUUGCUUAUCCACGGAAAUGAAAAAAAUUACUUCCUUCAAAGAAUCGAGCAAAUUUCUUCAGUGUCAGAGGCUUCGGACAUCGCAAAUCUUGCUGAUAAGUUGAAGCUACUCCAAAACAAUAUCAGAAUUUGCCGAUUUUUGAUUUUAAAAAUGAAUGAAAACAGUUUGAAGCUCUCUCAUCAGAAGAGGAGACAACACGGUCAUCUCAAACUAGAAUUGUGCCGAAUGAAAAUUGAGCUUUGGAUCAUCAUUAAAAGCUUGGAAGUCAAGGGUUCAAGUUAUAGGGAUCUGAAAGCGAUGAGUAAAACAUGGGCAGUCCAUGUCGAUCAGCUCAUCUUUCACAUUCUCACUGACGCCCGGGAGCCAAUGAUCGAUUUUGCGUUGGCCACAUCAAGCUUCACAAGGUCUGAAGAGGCUGAUGGAUCGAACGCAAACUCGGUGGAAAUAUCCUUAAUGCAGGGAUUCAAUUUACAGAAAGACGUUGUGUAUCCUGAGCUUCUUAAACCGUACAGGAAGAAAAAGAACGAAGAAGGCAAAGAGGAUACAUACGUCCCGAGCAAGCCUAUGGUCUCAAUGUCCUGGAAAAUGCUCAAUCCUGUCGGCGGUAUACGUGUUAUGAACAACGCCAACUUAUCAGUUCAGCCCAUGCAAGUCCAACUCGACUAUGAUACGUCCACAAAACUAUUCAAUUACUUGUUUCCAAAGAAUGAAGAAAAGAUUGACAACUACAAGAGGAACAAUCAAAAUAAAACAAACAAUGGUUUUGCAAGCACCUCCGAAGGUGAUGAAGGAUAUGACAGCGCCGAAAGUCCCACUACACUUAGUUCUCCCUCGAGAGCCUUCAAAAAUUUAUGGGAACACAGCAAACUUAGUAAAAGCGAGUCCUCGUCCAUUUUCACCCGGAGCUCUCCUUCAAGAGACACCUUUAGUGGUGAAAGUGUAUCUGUUUCUUCUAACGAUGCUCAUCUGAGUCGACGCCGAUCUACAAAUGAAAAAGGUAUUCACAGAACAUCUUCCAAAAAGCAGGCCAGCAUUCCCGAUGACAUUACAGUCAUCAUGAAUAGAUCGGCGCAGUACUUUGUGGUGGGAGACUUCAAAGUGAACAAAACUAAGUUGUGUAUCAGUUUCAAAGCCCCAAAGCAUUUGAACAUUAUAGAUGUACACAACCUUGAGUUUUCUUUACCGUCAAUUCACUACAGAGACAAGACGUGGACCAGCAAUGACUUCAUUUUACAGUUCAAGAAGGAUGUGGUCAAAAUAUUUUUGAGCAACACAGGAAAGAUUAUUGGCAACAAAUUUAAGAUUAAGAAGAGACAGAGGGUAUCCACACCACUAAGACAAAUUAUGGACUUUUCAAAGUAUAUGUCAUUGGAGGAUUUGCAAGACGAAGGUCGAGCGCGAGGCUCCAUAAGCAUUUUUGCAGACAAGAGCGAAGAAGCGCCAGACUCUGUGCUGCCUCAGAAUACUCAUGGUUCUCACAAUCUCUCUUCAAACAAUCUGGUAAACAAGACAAUUGAAGGUGUUUUAGGAAGCGUUAGGGAAAGCGAAGAGACAGAAUCCGAGGCUGAGAAGAGCUAGAUUAUAAGAUCUCACUGAUGUCGUGUUUGCUUUAGCACAGUUGGAGGGUCUCGGAGAAAUUUCUCUGAUGCCAGGGGUCGGAAAAUAAUGGAGACAAUAUUUGUGUUUACAGUUUCGGCUCAUGUCGCCUUCUGAAUACUCGCUUCAACACAUAUGUUAGUGAAUUGAGCAUUUUCCCGAAAUUCUUUCUCACGCUUUCGCUAGAAUUAUCAACGCACACCAUAAGAGAACAGAAUCAACGCGUGAACGCACAACUCGCGGUGCACGGCAUUUAACCGAUUCAACGGGGAAGAAGACUGUGUGCACACGCCUAGUACAUAAUUGUCUAAAUAAGAG